GUCCAAUCAGAAAGAAGGCGUGAGUAUACAGGCGUCUCAUUGGGCCAAAGUUUCGCUUCCAGUUUAUCUCUAGCUAGUAUAAAUAAUAAUAACACCGUUAAGAUUUAGGUGGAGAAAGGCUAGAGGAAAAAUACGGAUAUCUAAUAUAUAAUACGUGCCUCACUAUUUUCAUAAAUAUUCCAUUAGUCUAGAAUUUGAUAUUUCUGCACAAAGUAGCAGUGUGAUCCCUGAAGAUAAAGAAUGUCAGUCGACAGUGUGUUUCGGACGCGUUCUCUCGGCGUUGCUUCCGUGGGGCUUCCUGAUCAAUAUGCCGACGGAAAAGCAGCAAAGGUGUGGCAGCUGUACAUCGGAGACACGCGGAGUAGAACGGAAGAAUACAAAAGCUGGGUGGUGUCCCUGCUAAAACAGCACGGUGUGCAAAGGAUACUGGAUGUUGCCUGCGGCACAGGCGUGGACUCCAUCAUGUUGGUUGAGGAGGGAUUUAAGAUGACGAGCGUGGACGCCAGCGACAAAAUGCUCAAGUACGCGCUGAAGGAAAGGUGGGAGAGAAGAAAAGAGCGUGCCUUUGACCAGUGGGUGAUUGAAGAGGCCAACUGGCUGACUCUUACAGAAGAUGUGCAGAAGCCAGGGAAUGGGUUUGAUGCAGUCAUCUGCCUGGGAAACUCCUUCGCUCACUUGCCAGACUUCAAAGGGGACCAGAGUGAUCAGAAGUUAGCCCUGCAGAAUAUCGCCAGCAUGGUGAGACCAGGGGGCAUCCUAAUCAUUGACCACCGUAACUACGACUAUAUUCUGGAGACAGGCCGAGCGCCCCAGGGCAAGAACAUCUACUACAAGAGUGAUCUUACUCAGGACAUCACCACCUCUGUGCUGUGGGUCGACAACAAGCCUCACAUGAUCACCCUGGACUACACUGUACAGGUGCCAGAGGGCCCACAGAGUUCCCCCGAACUUAGCAAAUUCCGCCUGUCCUAUUACCCUCACCGUAUUGACAACUUCAAAGAGAUCCUGACGGGAGCCUUCCACGGGAAGUGUGAGCACAGUGUCUACGGCGACUUCAAGACCUACACCCCCGGCCAGAGCCAGGCCCCCUGCUACUUCAUCCACGUGGUCAAAAAGACCGCUUAGGGACCCCACAACUUUCCCACGAUUUUGUAUCUCAACCCUCAUUAUUUCUCCCUACACUUUCUGUCAUGUCUCUUCUGCUGACCCUUCUGUUCAAACUGCCUCUUCUCCCUUUCUGAACCAAAACAAGCCUGAGCCCAAAUGCCCAUAUUCAUGCUGUUCGAUCCCUUGGUCUUUCAGGGGCUUUUAACUCUCAGGCAACGCAAGAGACGAGACACUCAACAGCCAUCUUGAGUGAUGUGGAAGCAUCUACCAACCAUGCUUUGGUAGUAUUUUGUCAGCCGGUGAUUGUCGAGCAAAUAACUGCCGGUCUCAUCGUAAUUUACAAUUAAUUAACAUAAACACGUUUAGCAUCUCCUGGCUUCCACACAUAGCCUACAAGCCACUGAUGCAGACCUUUUGGAACAUCUACAUUUAAUCACAACUCUAAUAAAUACAUUUAAUAUAGCCUACACCAUCACAAUAAAUCCAUUAUUUAUUUUAGACCAGUCUAAAGAAAAUGUAUUUUUCAGAAGAACAGAAUAGCAUACUCUGAGUUGUCCUUGUUAGACUCUGAUCUGGCUAUGCCAAAUGGCUGUGGGCUACACUAGUUCAUUUAGCAGAUAAGUUUCUUAGAAUUCUGUGGCAUUAUUUUAUAGUGUGAAGAAUACAUUUGAACGUGGCUGAAUAAAAUAGAAAGUAUAUUUUCUCUAAACCGUUACCGAGAGAGUGCACACGCAGCUAUUCUGUGUUGAGCGGUUAACAAAGAAACAGGUCCUCCUAAAUGCUUAAUUUAGUUAGUUAUGCAACUUUAUUUGUGAUAUGUUUGUUUAGAUUUUAGGCUGCAUGAAGAGACUAAUGAAUUCUUUAAAGUCUCAUGAAAUCAAAGAGCUCUGCUUUGUUUCUUAUGCAGGCUGCACACACUUCAUCAGUCUCUUAUUCACAAUUUGACAAGCACUUGAUAAUAUUCUCACCAGGCCUCGAAUUUCCUAACGGCAUCCCCAUUUUGUGGCCGUAAUGCCAUUUAAAACAAAUCAUGCCAAUGUGGCCGUUGUGUCCUGAAUAUAAUUAUAAUUCACCUGGCAGUCGUGCUCUGACGCACCUCUUACUCACAUGGCUCUCUAUCUCAAUUAUUAUUAGCCAAUGCCCGUUAUGUGAUCGGGUCCUUCUCACAUGCAUCUCAGCCCCGAAGUAGGCUACAAGUGAAGACGUUAAAAAUGUCUAUAUUUUACUUUUUGUCAGCCGACAAGAUGAGUAGGCCUAACGAACAGCAAAAGCACUAGCCUAAGUAGAUCUCCCAUAGGACAAAAGUUGAUCUAUUCUAUUGGUGAACUCGUACUUCUGUGAGAAAUAUUUGUUUUUAUUUGACCUUUAUUUAACUAGGCAAGUCAG